UUUCCAAUCCUCUGAGACAGAUCAAGCAGCUAGCAAAACCGCCACUCUCCCACACAGCCAGCCAUGAAGAUAAAGAACAAAGGCAAAGUCCACCCAUCUCCUUCCUCCUCCUCCUCCUCUUCUUCCGAUGGAGUAGUUCUCUCCGUCCUCCAGCUACUCCCAGCUGCUAUUCUAGCUCUGGCCUCGGUUCUCUCCCUCGAAGACCGCGAGGUCCUGGCUUACAUGAUAACCUGCUCCAUGAAAACCGCACCCUCUACUUCCUCUUCUUCUUCCUCGAACCCUCAAGAUUUCAAGAAGAAGUCUUCGAAGAAAUUAACGAGUAAGAAUAACAAGAACCACCAGUUCGAUUGCGAGUGCUUCGACUGCUACCGAAGCUACUGGUUCAGGUGGGACUCCUCCCCCAACCGCGAGCUCAUCCACCAGGCUAUUGAGGCCUUCGAGGACCAUCUGGCCCACGGCGAGAAGCCCAAGAAGAACGCCGGGAGGGGGAAGCGGAGAGGAGACAAGACGGGCCGCCGCGAGGCUCAGAAAUCAGCCGAGGGUUCCUCUAAAGAUGAAAUCUUUGUUGUGGCGGCGCCGGCGGCGGAGGAGGAGAGUGUCAAUGUGGCAGUGAGCUUGGUUCCCGAAUUGGUGCUGCCGGUUUGCGACGUAGUUUCGGAGAGAGUUGAGGAGGAGUUAGGAGUGGAAGAGGAGGAAGCUGUGGAGGUUAAGGUGGAGGAGGACGACGUGGCGUUGAUUGUACGCGCCGCGGCGGUGAGCAACCACAAGGGUCUGGCAAGGAAAGUACUUCCGGACGUGUUGGGGCUAUUCAAUUCUCGUUUGUGGAAUCUUUGGAGUCCGAAUGCGUAGGCAAACAAAAAAAAGGGUAAGGGGAAUUUCGUUUUUUUACUUUUUUUUUACUUUUGGAGCCGCAAAGAAAGAGGGAGGAAGUGUUAUAUUUUUGGUGGUUUA